AUGGAGUACAGAGACCUGCUCAUCUACCAUGGUCCUAUCUCUAAGCAGCGGUGUGAGGAACUGCUGGCCGCCAAGAACAAGAACGGAACCUUUCUGAUACGUGACAGUGAGACCAUUCACGGCGCCUUAUGCCUUUGUGUCUACAAAAACAACACCGUGCACACAUACAGGAUACUACAAACCCACACUGGAUAUUACACAUUACAGACUAGUGCAGGGGUGCAGGAGAUGUUCUUUAAGACAAUGGAAGAACUUAUUCAGUACUACAAGAAGAAAAAUAAAGGUCUGAUAACACAUCUGCGCCACCCCGUCCAAAGAAAAGAAUUAGUGCAUGAAGACUACGUGCUUCCUGACGAGGAACCCGACUAUGAGAACGUGGACUCUGAUUACGUCGCCGUCCUGCCGGAUUAAACGUGACAAUUUUUA